UGAUCGCCUUCACACAGUGUGACUCCAUGUUUGACUGCGGGGAAAACGUCUGUUGUGUGUCACGUUACGAUCAUGUGAACGGCUCCUCUCUGGCAGGUUUGAACUCGUCUCAUCAUGUCAGGCUCCACCCGAACUGUGAACGAUUUGAGGGCUUUCCUUCAGACCAGAAAAGGCUUCAAUUCCCAGCAGACGACAGAGUUCUUCGACACCUGGGCAGAGACGUACGACCAGGAUAUGAAGAUGCUGAACUACAGAGAACCAAAUCUGUUGGUGAAUUUACUGGAUGCAAACUUCUCUGGGAAUCGUUCGGAGGCUCGGGUUCUGGACGUCGCCUGUGGGUCUGGACUGGUCGCUAAACUGAUGUUUGAACUGGGCUUCAGGCACUUUGUGGGGGUGGACAGCAGUAAAAGGAUGCUGGAACAAGCUGCCAAAACUGGUCUCUAUGAGGAACUCAAAGAGGCCUUACUGGGAACAGAAGCGCUGCCUGCAGAGACUGGAGCGUUUGACGUGGUUAUCAUCGUCGGUGCUCUGCGUGAAUGCUCUGUGCCGGUCAGUGUCAUCAGGGAGCUCUGCCAGGCCGCCAAACCAGGAGGUUACGUUUGCAUGACGAGAAUAGAGCCAAAGUCAGAGGCUGGAAACAAAUACAAGAUGUCUUUGGAAAAAGAGCAUCAGCUGAUGGUGACGGAGAAACUGUGGACCUGCGUGGACGCCAAAGAGAUAGACAAAUACGUGAUUGAUGCUUAUACUGAAAAUAAAAAUGAGCAGAAUAAGCAGUACCUCGGUGGAAGCAUGUACAUAUACAGGAAGUCGAUUAAUUAGUCACUCCACACUCGUAUACGAUCCUUCACUGUCUGAUCUGUAUUUUUUCAACAUAAUGUCACUAAAUACACAAAUGCUUAUGUGGACAUUUUGAUCGUUGUUCUGCAGAUCUAUUGGUCAGUAGAAUUAAGGCCCGCCCUCAGUCCUUCCCCGAGCUAUGAUUGGACAGUGAAUGUUUUUCAUUGACCUGCCUUGUUCCUGACUAAUAAAGUUUCGUCACAGUGAUAAACAUUCAGUUAUUAAACACAAAAUACUAAAAAAUUAUCAUUUAAUGUGUGUUUUUCAUGCCAACAUGACAGUAAAUUCGUACAUUAAAAGAUGCACAAUGUG